CUGAUUUGUUUUGUACUGUUUUUGUAAAAUUCAUUUUAUGUAGUGAUGGCCAUCAUUUGUGUAUUGAAAACUUUCGUCAUCGUUAUCAAAUUAAUGUACAUUCAUGCAGAAAUAUGUGGCGGUAUUCUGCAAACGUCUUCAGGAUAUAUAUCUCCACCACUGUCAAACAACACUUAUCAGUCUAACAGUUUCUGUCGAUGGGAAAUAAAUAGCAACAGAAAUAACAGCAUUAUUUUAACUUCGACAGAUUUCUCCGUAGAAGAGUCACCCGGAUGUAUUUGGGACUACCUAGAUAUAAGAGAUGGUGAGGACAAUGCUACCUAUUCAGUGGGGAGGUUUUGUGGUUAUGAUGAUAUAUACUUUAUAUCAGAGUCAUCUGCUGUAUACAUUUAUUUCGUUACCGACCAACUUCAAAAUUAUCAGGGGUUUACACUUGCGUAUCGUGAGACGGGAGAGAGAGAGUCUUCACAGUGUAAUACUAUAAUCAGAAGUGAGAGUUAUAUUACAUCUCCGGGAUAUCCUGAUAAUUAUCCAAGAUCAACAACAUGUUUAUAUAGAAUAGUUGCUCCUGAGCACCAACGUGUAAAGCUGAACAUUUUAAAGAUGUCAAUUUCCGAUGAUAGUUGCAUGUUUGAUCGACUUGAAGUAUUCGACAGAACUACCAGUCAUUCCAAAAGACUUGGGACAUUCUGUGGUACCGCAUCACAUGCUAUUAUAUCGAGUGGUAAUAGUAUGUUGGUAGUAUUUAUUUCGGACUACAUGUUAGAAAACAGAGGAUUUCUUGCUGAAAUAAAUUUCAAAACAGAAGUCCAGGAGCACAACGAACAGGUUUUGGAAAAAAAAUUGAAUCAAAAUUGUGGAAUUAAAGUCGAAGGUUCUAUGAGGGGAACUAUAACAAGUCCAGGAUACCCAGCUGUUUAUGAUAACAACGUGAACUGCUCUACAACAAUCAUAGCUCCUCUGCCAGACCAUCAAAUUAUGAUACAGUUUACGCACAUGGAGAUUGAAGAAUCAGACAACUGCUCAUUUGAUAGAAUUUCACUUUUCCUCGACUCUUUUUCGGAUUCCCCAGAAAUUACACUAUGUGCACAAUCAGCAUCAGAUAAGUUGUACUUUUCAAGGGAUGGCUUCCUGAAAAUUAAGUUUACAACAGACAAUUUAAUCACAUGGACAGGAUUCUCAGCAAAUUACACUGUCAUUCCACGUCAAGUGUGUUAUCCAAGAUGUCAAAACAACAGUGUUUGUAUCAAAGAUGGACAGAACUACAGAUGUAUAAAUGGUCAAAUAUGUGUCACCAAUUUGUGCAACCAUGGUCACUGCAUUAAAAAAGGACUUGCUGACGUACAAUGUUUUUGCCAUGAAGGGUUUAAUGGUUUAUUCUGUACAGACGAAAUAAAAAUCGAAGUGGAAAAGCUGAAAUUCAUAAAAUCACCAACAGAUCAACUCAUUGAGCAUGGAGAACGUAUCAUAUUAGAAUGCCAAGUCAACGACGACACAGCUGAUUACAUGUGGUUUUAUGAAGACCUAAUGCUACAAACAGAGAAAAACAGUGUGACGGUCUACCCUGGAGGGGUUUUAGAUAUUUCUAAAUUCAGUAUAACUUUAGAAGGACUAUAUAAAUGCCUAGCCAGUACAUCAUCUGACUUUUUAGAACAUGAAUUCAGACUUAUCCUGGCAGAACCGUGCAAUUUAUCUGUAGAAGUUCCCCCUAUGGAUACAGUGGUAGAAGAAUCCUCAGUAGUGUUGAUGUCAUGUUAUUCACAACGAGCCGUUAAUGUUACCUGGUAUAAAGAUGCCGUCCUCGUUGCUGAUAAUGUGAAAUAUGAGACGUUGAGCGAAGGACAGUAUUUAGCAGUCUCAAAUGUUAUACCUACUGACGCGGGAGAAUAUACCUGUGAAGUUACAAGCAAUGAUGGAUGUCAUGUCAAACGAUCUGCUCAAUUAUCAGUGAUUCCGGCAUCAGGAUUUAAUUCCUUCUGUGCGAGAGAUGUUUUGGUUCACAAUCCACGUGUCAGAAUGGCUGGGAGAAUAACACUCGGCUACUCUGUAGACCAGGCGUCAGCGCCAUGGCAUGCUGUUUUACGUAUGAGUAGUCAGGAUAAGACGUUUUGUGGUGCCAAUCUCAUAUCGAAUUCAUGGCUAAUCACAGCAGCUCAUUGUAUUCGCCAUUUUCACAUUGAAUUUAAAGAAUUGUUUGCCAAAGAAAAGGUUGAUAUCUUCCUGGGAACAAAUAGUUGCAACGGCGAAAGAGGUGUUAAAUAUGGUAUAAAGUCUUACGUUGUUCAUCCAAAUUUUGGUGAACGUGCUGUUUACGAUAAUGACGUAGCCUUGAUUGAAUUGGACAGAUCGGUCACGUUUACGGAGGAUAUUCAACCAGUCUGUCUUCAACCCUCUUCUGUCAUUAACAAUAAUUACUUAACUCAUAAACUCGGUCAUAAAAUAGGACGCGUGGUAGGAUGUGGUCAAUACAGUGAAUUCCGGAAAGCAGCACCAGAAUAUCUCCGGGAGGUGUACGUUCCCUAUGUAAAUCGUGAAGAUUGUGCGUCUGUAAAUAUUGGCCAAGGAAAUUUUACUGACAGCAUGUUCUGUGCUGGUUAUUCUAGAAGAAAUAUGGGAGACGCUUGCUUUGGUGAUAGCGGUGGGUCUCUCACUAUGAGACUCUCAGAAAACCAUCCUUGGGUGUUGGUCGGAAUAGUUUCAUGGGGAGUUGGAUGCGAUAGGAAUAGUCACUAUGGUUACUAUACACAUGUUGCUGCUUUUGAAAAUUGGAUACAAAAUUACACGAUCUCCGAUAGAGAUCCUUAGUACUUUGGUACUUUGCUUUACAUCUGUAAAACUAUUUUUUUUUAUUGUAAAUUGACAUGACCAUUGUGAAAAUUAAAGCUUAGCCAAAUUUUAAUGUUUGCUAUACUUAUAUGAUAUCUAAUUAGGUAUAAGAUUCAUACACCAUUGUUUAUUGAAAAUAAGAAAAAUACUGUCCUAAAAUAUGACAACUGGAUAUAUAUAAUGCAGGGAAAAUUCUGCAAAAUCGAGGCAUUAGUAAAAACUUAACAAUCAUUUAUCAAUAUGUGUCCCUAACAAUAAAAAAAUGUAUAGUUUUUGCGUUGCAGUUCAUUGAGA